AUGGAAGCGACUCAGAGGAAAGAACGUGAAGUCACCCAUUGGAAACGUCUCGAUGUGAUGAGUCAGAUUGAAGACGAGUUUCGAAUGGCUCUCGCGGAGAAAGAUGACGAAAAAGCCGACGGCUCCAAAUUUGUGCAACAGCUGCGUGCUGAACGGGUUCAAGAGAAUUCGAAGUCGCAGGAAGCUAUCUCAAACGCGAUCGACGCUCUCCAGAACCGUAGACUAGCAUCCUUUUUGCCCGGCUAUGGAGUGAUCCACGGAAAUUGGACGGAGCAGUACGGCCCGCUAGGAACCUUGGGACACGAUGCCCUUCCCGGGUUCUCCGCAUCGGGAAAUCUCCCACUAGAUGCUCAGCAAGAGCCUGUGGCAAACAAUGUAUUCGACUCGCUUGUGUGA